AUGUCAUUGACAGACGACCAGGUCAAUGCGGAGCUCCGUAAGAUGAAGGCCUUCAUUGAGAAGGAGGCCCAGGAAAAGGCCAAAGAAAUCAGAUUGAAGGCUGACGAAGAAUACGAAAUCGAAAAGGCUUCCAUCGUCAGAUCUGAAACCGCUGCCAUUGACAGUGUCUAUGAGCAGAAGUUGAAGAAGGCUUCGUUGGCUCAGCAAAUCACCAAGUCCACCAUCAGCAACAAAACCAGAUUGAGAGUGUUGGGCGAAAAAGAGAAGGUUUUAGAUGACAUCUUCGAAGAAGCAAAGAAACAAUUGAGCUCAAUCGCCUCCAAGAAGGACGAGUACAAGGCCUUGUUGGCUGGUUUGAUUGAGGAAGGUGUGUUGGCUCUUUUGGAGGAGAAGGUUUCCGUCAAGGUUAGAGAGGGUGAUGUGUCCGUCGCCAAGGAAGCUGCUGAAGAGGCUGCCAAGGGUUUCAAGGAUAAGUCCAAGAAGGACGUUACCAUCACCAUUGACGAAGAGCUGUUCUUGCCUAAGAACUCCCCGGGUGGAGUCAUUGUGGUGAACGAGCUGGGCAAGAUCGAGGUGAACAACACCUUGGAGGAGAGAUUGAAGUUGUUGUCUGAGGAGGCUUUGCCAGGUAUCCGUUUAGAAUUGUUUGGCCCUUCGCCAACCAGAAGAGACCCCAAUGUUCAUAAGCUUUCCACGCCUCUCUGGGGGUCUGUCUCUGACGAUGUGCCUAGCGAAGAGCUUGGGUCGUUCCACCAUAUGGUCCAGCCGAUCGUUCCCAGUGACCAGUAUGUGUCGUGUACGACGUUUGACGCUGCGGGCAACGUUACUGCUGUGCUGAAGAAGUACCCGAAGAUGACGUUUUUGAAGGAUAAUAACUUGUACCCUCGAGACCUACGUAAGGUGGAUACGUCGUCGAUCGACGUGGUGCCGCUGAUUAUGGUUCGGCCGGGGAAGGCCAUUAUCAUUAACUUGCUUCAUAUCAAGGCUAUUAUCCAGAGGGAUAAUGUUAAGGUGUUUGAUACUGCUAAUCCUAAUAUGGCUUCGAAGCUUGGUAUUUUCAUGUACGACUUGGAAAUGAAACUCAAGGGCCCUGGCGCUGCUCCGUAUGAAUUCAAGGCGCUUGAAAGUAUCUUGAUUUCGGUGCUAAGUUACUUGGAAGCAGAGCUAUACGCCCAGAGAGCAAGCUGUGGGUUGAUAUUGCUGGAGCUUGAAGACCAUAUAAGCAGGGAGAAUCUCCAGCAGUUGCUUAUCAAACUGAAAAAGCUUACGAGUUUCUUUCAGAGAGCAUCGUUGAUUAGAGAUGUUCUCGAAGAGCUCCUAGAGAAUGAUGAAGAUAUGACAGGCAUGUACUUGACUUCGAAACAAGAAUUCACGCCUGUAGUGACCCACGAAGAGACUUCCAGCAACACUCUGUUGAACAACUUUUCAGAUGUCGAGAUGAUCCUUGAGACUUACUAUACUCACUGUGAUGAGGUAGUGCAACAGGCUGGCUCGUUGAUUUCUGAUAUCAAAGCAACCGAGGAAAUCGCCAAUAUUAUUUUGGAUGCUAAUAGAAACUCCUUGAUGUUGUUCGAGUUGAAGGUGACAAUCUACACUUUAGGUUUCACUGUGGCUACGUUGAUUCCAGCUUUCUACGGUAUGAACUUGAAGAACUAUAUUGAAGAGUCCUACUAUGGAUUUGGCGCCGUCAUUGUACUUUCAGUGAUCCAGGGCUUCCUUAUUACGGCUUGGAACUUCAAGAAGUUGCAUAGAGUGCAGAAACUUACAAUGAUGGACCAUUCACCAGCUCAUCCAUCCACAAAACCAUCAUAUUACCAGUCUUCGUGGAUGCGUAAACGUUGGUGGCUGAAGUUGUUGUUUGGAGGACGGACCGUCUAUCACCGUCCUACCAACAAGGAACGUGACGUUAUAUGGAGAAUGUUGAGAGACGACAAGCCUCCCAAAUAG